CUGAGAUAUCCUAAAUCGUCCCAAAAAACCCUAGAAAGGAGUAUAGCAUGCCCUUCCUCUUCGUCCUUCAUCGCCUUCGCUUAAUCUUCCCCCGUUCCCGCACUUUCCACACUCCCUCCUCGACGCCGCCGAUCAAGUUCGAUAACGACACCAUUCUUGCCACGCUAUCGUCCUACUCCAACGACUGGAACCGUGCCCUCGAAUUCUUCCACUGGCUAUCUUCCACCCCUGGCUUCUCCCACUCGUCCGCUACUCUUACCGCCACUGUCGACAUCCUUGGCAAGCACUUUGAGUUCGACCGUGCAUGGUCCCUCCUUUCCUCCUUCCCCUCCCUACCCGAUCGCUCCACCUUCCGCUCCCUCUUCAACCGCCUCGCCGCCGCUCGCCUCGUUUCAGACGCUCUCCUCGCCCUCGAUCGGUCCGCCGCAUUCGGUCUCCGUGACCGCCAAACCUUCCUCCAACUCAUCGACGCCCUCUGUGCCCACCGCCUUACGCCCGAGGCUUACGACCUUUGCUUCAAAAAUCCCCCCUUUUCUGUUAACUGUGACACCAAGGCUCACAACCUCCUCCUUCAAGGAUGGCUCAAGAUGAACUGGUGGGGCCAAUGUCGGCGCUUUUGGGAGGAUAUGGACUCUCGUAGAGUUGAGAAGGACCUCCACUCCUAUACCAUCUACAUGGACGUUGUCUCCAAGUCAGGGAAGCCCUGGAAAGCGAUUAAACUCUAUAAAGAGAUGAAGAACAAAGGCAUUUCGCCGGAUGCUGUUGCUUAUAAUACUGUAAUCCAGGCUGCAGGCCAUUGCGAUGGUGCCGAAAGAGCUAUUAGGUUGUACAGGGAGAUGCUGGACUCUGGUUGCAAACCAACUAUCGCAACGUUCAAUACCAUUGUGAAUUUGCUCUGUAGUGAAGGGAGAGUGAACGAAGGGUAUAGGUUUCUUGGUGAGAUGAAGAAGAUGGGUUUCGAGGCAGAUGUAAUUACAUACCAUUGCUUUUUCCGGCAUUCAAGCAGACCACAAGAAAUUUUGUGGCUUUUUGAAAGGAUGUUGGCCACUGGCUGUCGGCCACGAAUGGAUACUUAUGUAAUGUUGAUGAAGAAGUUUGGAAGGUGGGGUUUUUUGAGGCCAGUAUUUAAGGUCUGGAAAGUGAUGGAGGAGCAUGGAUGUAGUCCUGAUGCGUUUGCGUAUAAUGUCUUCAUAGAUGCAUUGUUACAGAAAGGAAUGGUAGAGAUGGCAAGGAAAUAUGAUCAGGAAAUGUUGUCAAAAGGGCUUUCCCCGAAGUUAAGGAAGGAGUUUGAGACCAAGUUGGUUAGUGGGCUAUCUGAAGAUGAAGAUAAUAACAUAAAUUCAGUAAAUGCUGCUAAUUAUGAACAAGUAAUGCCUGGGUGAUGGCAAGUGAGAUAGCUUUCGAAUGGAUUUGCAGUAUCAAUUCUUUAAAGCGUAUAGGAACAUAGUCGAAAGAGCAACACCUGGAGUUGAAAUGAUGGAUUGAUAUUUUAUGCAUCAAGCUGAACUGCAGGUUAUAGAUGAUUAAUGAAAGGAGAAGUGGUAAUGACUCUUCAUCUUAGCUUGCCUGCAAAGCUGAUGCUUGCAUAAAUGAUUUUCCCAAGUUAAAUAAAUUAGUGACAUGGAAGAGAAGAAGUUUUAAUUUGCUGUAACAUUACAAUGUUAUUUAUUUGACCUAUUGGAGAAUGCUGACUUCCAAGCGGCUUUUCUUUGUGGGAACUAUACGACAUGUAAGAGAAGAAUUAUACAAACUAAAGUAUGCCGUUUUAUUUUCUCAAGUAUCUAGCAGCAUCUUUAGAGAUUAGUGCUCAGAUUUGGAGUUUGGCGUUUCUUCCUGGUUUUCAAAUCAGAUCAUUUCUUUUCCGAGCAAAGCAAGUUGAUCGCAAGAACAACCAGGCUUUUACAAGCUAAUGGCAAAAGAACCACAAGAGAACUUAUUAGUAUUGCAGAAUUAUAAUUCAGCUUUAUAAAAAUAUGCCUGAAAUGUGGAGCACAGAAGUUCGAAGCUUGAAGAUACAGUAUAGGACAUUUAUUUGUAAUUUGUGUUUAUGUAAUUUUAUGGAAAUUAGGCCAUUUGUCUCCAGAGUGUACGAACAUAUCAAAAUUACUUUGGAAAUCAUUGCAUAUGUUCAAUUAGGAAUUAGGUGGCUGAUUUCCUUGUUUUCUAAUGGAUAUAUCGACUCUUGGUUAAAUAUGGGGAUCAAGGUACUGCAAAUUAUUUACUCAUU